AUGGCGUCUCCUCCUGAUGCUGAGCCUGGUUCUGGGAAGCGUGAAAAAUUGGAAAGGGGGGGCGGAUAUUGUGUGCCUUCGUCUUUACAUACUUGCCUGUUGACUUUCUCUGUAGCAUUAUCUACACCAGCACCUGUCUUGAGGCACAUUCAGGAUCUCAAUCAUCAGGUGUGGGUCGUUCAGGACCAGACCCUGACAGCAGUGCCAAGGAAGCACAGUAUGGUUCCAGCCACUGUUAGCUUAAUUCCAUGCCAAUAUCCAGAGACUCUUGAGACAGAAAAAGGAAUACCCAUGUACCUGGGAUUGGAUAAACCAGAUGUUUGCCUCUUCUGUACAAAGACCAGAGAGCAGCCCAUGUUGCAGCUGGAGGACAAGAACAUCAUGACCCUGUACCACCACCCCGAGCCUGUGAAGCCCUUUCUCUUCUACCACAGUAAGAGUGGCAGGACCUCAACCUUCGAGUCCGUGGCCUUCCCUGGCUGGUUCAUUGCUGUCUGCUCCGAAGGAGGCUGCCCGCUCUUUCUGACCCAAGAUCUGGGAAAAGCCUACACCACGGACUUUGAGUUAACGCCUGUGAAUUAAGGUCAGUCUGGGAUUGCAAGUUCCUCUCCAGCUCAGGACAUUUGUCUCUGUCCUCUAUUCUAGCUUUCUAAAUGCCUCUGACAUGAGCGUUGUCCAUCCACCGAUCCAUCAAGGGGCAGCAGAGUUGCCAUAAUCAGGUCCAAUGUUUAGAAACAGAAACCAGGUUAACUAGGAAGUUAAGUGGUAAAACCAGUCCAGGAAAGGAAGGGAGAAUCUGUGGUUGGGCUUUCCAUCCCAGGGUGUCUUGCUGCCUCUCCCACUACAUCCCCAGUUAUCUAAGUGCUGGUCCAGGCUGUGUAGGAAACAAUCCAGGGAAGUGUGGGCCUCAGCCAUGGCCAUACAGCUAAGCUGCAGCACUAUUACAAAAAUAAUAAAGAGAGCUCCACUUAAUCCAUUUGCAAAUAGGGCUAAGCAAUGGGGAUGGAGAUGCUUUCACUUUUAAGUCCUGAUCUUGACUAACCCACUGUUGGUGGGAAUGCAAACUGGUCAAGCCACUAUGCAAGUCAGUCUGGAGAUUCCUCAGAAACCUGAAUAUAACCCUACCGUUCAACCUAGCCAUCCCACUCCUUGGAAUUUACCCAAAGGAAUUUAAAUUGGCAAACAAAAAAGUGGUCUGCACCCUAAUGUUUAUUGCAGCUCAAUUCACAAUAGCUAAGACCUGGAACCAACCUAAAUGCCCAUCAACGGUAGACUGGAUAAAGAAAUUAUGGGAUAUGUACUCUUUAGAAUACUAUACAGCAGUAAAAAACAAUGAAAUCCAGUCAUUUGCAACAAAAUGGAGGAAUCUGGAACACAUCAUGCUGAGUGAAAUAAGCCAGCCCCAAAGGGACGAAUAUCAUAUGUUCUCCCUGAUCGGUGACAACUGACUGAACACCAAAAAGGAAACCUCCUGAAGUGAAAUGGACACUAUGAGAAAUGGUGACUUGAUCAACAUAGCCCUGACUGUUAAUGAACAACUUAAUACAUUAUCCCUCUUAGUAGUUUUUUUGUCUGUUCUACUUAAUACUACUUGUUUAAUUCUGUAAUUAAUACACAGUUAUUCUUAAGUGUUGAAAUUUAACUGAAAUGUGAUCCCUGUUAAAUAUAAGUAAGAGUGGGAAUAAGAGUGGGAAGAGAUGUACAAUUUGGGACAUGCUCAAGGUGACUUGCCCCAAAUGGUAGAGUUAGAAACAUACCAGGGGAUUCCAAUUCAAUCCCAUCAAGGUGGCAUGUAUCAAUGCCAUCUCACUAGUUCAAGUGAUCAAUUUCAGUUCACAAUUGAUCAUAAUGAAAGGACUAAGAGUCAAAGGGAUCACAUAAACAAGUCUAGUGCCUGCUAAUACUAACCGAUAGAAUAAAGGGGAGAGCGAUCCAACAUGGGAAGCGAGAUACACAGCAGACUCAUAGAAUGGCGGAUGUCCUAUACAGCACUCUGGCCUCAGAAUCAGCCCUAAAGGCAUUCAGAUCCGGCUGAAAAGCCCAUGAGAGUAUUUCAGGCAUGGAAAGCCAAGAUACUCUGGCAAAAAAA